UCGCUUGUCCUUGAUAUAAUUAUCACACUGUAGUUUCCGUGAAACCUACUCGUCAGCACGAAUUUUUUAAAUAACAAAAACGCUCGUCUCCGUGUCCCCAAGUCGGUGCGUACCUCAUUCCGUUUUUCGUGCUCGUCGGCGAUAAAUAAAUUUAAGUGAUUAAAUUAAAAUGUCGAAACGAUCUAGUUCCUUUGUUCGCCGGGAUAAAAGUGGUGAAAUAAAACGUUUAAAAAGACAAUUAAAAGAUAUGCAGGAGCAAUUAACCAAUAUUCUAAGUUCAUCUAGUUCCAGCGAGGAAUCACCAGAUGCUUCAGAUAAUGAGUCACAAGAAUCACAAGUUCUGGGUGCUUUACCAACAACCAAUCAAUUGCAUCCCUUAGAGCCAGAAAUUACAAUAAUUGAGGAUAGUGCUACCCAGGCAAAUACUAAUAUUCCAGAACAAAAUAUUACUGGACUUGGUAUUAACCCCGAUUGCGUUACUACUGAAGGAAAACCCCUACAUGAGGAAAUUGUGGUUCGAUGGACCUCAUAUUUGUUAAAAGGCCUAACUAAAGAUCAGAGAAGGGAGAUAAUAAAUAAAUAUAAAAUUCCAGCUAACUGUAAAGCUCUGAUUCCUCCCCAGGUCAAUAGUGAGAUUCAGGCUUGCUUGCCAAGAGCAGCGCACGAACAUGAUUGUUUCAUGAUAGCACUCCAAGAGCAACUGGCUCAUGGACUAUCAGCAGUGGGGACUGUGUUAGAAAAAAUGUUACCAUUUCCAGAACAGGCAAAUGAAUUAAAAAUCUUGGCAGACGCCUGUCAGUUGUUCACCAAUAUACAUAAUGCCAUCUCAACUCAUCGUAAGUUUAAAAUAGUUCCUCACCUAAACGGGGACUGUAAAAAAGUGGCAAAGACGAUGGAAAUAGAUGAAUUUUUAUUCAGUAAAAAUUUUGCUGAGGCAGUUAAAAAUGAACAAUCCAUGAAGAAAUCUAGCACCAUCUUCAAGAAGAAAGCUGUACCUUCAUCAUACAGCGCCCCGGGUACUUCAGGUUACCAUCAGCCCAGCUAUUUAAACUACCAGCGUCAACCGAACAGGGACAGAAUGAAACAAAAGAAGGAGAGGAAGCCAUCAGAUCGUUACCACAAGCAGAGUGUCAGGAAAUAUCCAUACCGGAAGUGAUUUCUGCACUAGAGGGAGAGUCAUCCGCUUCACAAGGAAAUUUCCCUGGUGGCAGGGAAAUUAUCCGGAGGACUUUCUUCAAAAAAGGAAUCCCCAAUGACGCCAUUGAAGUUUUAAUGGCCUCUAUAACAGAGGGCACCCUUAAGCAAUAUUCUUCGUGUUUUAAAAAAUAUUGGGUUUUCUGUUUAAAUAAAAGAGAAGAUCCAUUAGUAUAUAAUUUACAAAUAUAUUUAGACUUUUUAGUGGACAUUCUGAACAAGGGGAACUCCUUUUCAGUAAUUAAUUCUUAUAGGUCGGCAUUAAACUUAUUAUUCAGCCCAUCUACAAUAGAUGAAAAAAUUAUAAAUAGGUUUUUAAAAGGAGUAUCUAACAUACGUCCACCAAAACCAAAGUACAGCUUUACGUGGAACCCUGAUCCGGUUUUGAAAUACUUAGAAGCAUUAUACCCGUUAGAUAGUUUAAGUUUAGAGGACUUAACUUAUAAGCUUGUCACACUUAUGGCAUUAGUGUCAGCUAGUAGAGUACAAACCCUUUCCAUGAUUAAAAUAAAUAAUAUUAACGUAUCUUUAGAGAGAAUCGAAAUUCAAAUUACAGAUAGGAUAAAGACAACCGCUUUAGGAAGAAACCAACCCUUACUAAUCUUUCCUUACUUUAGAAACAAACCACAAUUAUGUGUGGCGUCCACUAUAGAGACCUACAUUAAAAUUACAGAGCCUCAUCGUAAGGUUAAAGAACAAAAUCUCUUUCUUACUAUUAAAAAGCCUUUUCACGCCGCGUCAUCGCAAACCAUUAGUCAUUGGAUCAAGAAGACCUUGAAUCAAGCAGGAGUAGAUACGUCUAUUUUUUCGGCUCAUAGUGUACGCCACGCAUCAACCUCUGCAGCGUUUAGGGCAGGUGUUAGUAUAGAACAAAUAAAAAAUACAGCGGGUUGGACACCUUUUUCAAAUACGUUUUUUAACUAUUAUAAUAAACCGUUAAAAGAACCAAAUGACAAGUUUGCUAAGGCUAUUAUUAAGUAACCUAAUUAAUUGUAAUUAUUGUUUACAUUAUACACUUUUUAUUAUGUUAGUUUAGCAAGUAAGCUUUGUUAAUGAAGUAUAUUAAGAUCUAUGUUAUAUGUUAAUGAAGUAGAUUAAGUCUCUGUUCUCCAGAUUUUUAGGAGUUAUAAAAAUAAAUAUUACUUUUUCAGAAAA